AUGGCUCAGAGUGAAGAUGCCAAUUCUCGUGCGAAGGCGUCCCAGAGAUUUAAAACACUAGACUCGUUCCAAUCGGUUCGACCAGUGUCAGAAAGUCCAUCUGCGACUGCUUUGGCCGUGCUCAACUCCGAACCCAAUGCCAGAAGCUCAAGACCACGCAGAGUCGCUUCCAAGAAGGCAUCGCAUUCUAUCGUGAGUUCAAUUGAUCCAACGGUAGGUGACGAAGAGGGUGAUGAUAAUGACGAUUUUGUGCCUGAGGAGGCGAUGGAUGAGGAUGAGGAUGAGGAUGAAGAACAGCCAGAUGACCCUGCUACAGAGGACAAUGAGGAUUUCAUGGAGAUAGAACCACCUCAACGAAAUAAAAAGGCAGUCACGAAAGGCAAGUCCAUGAGAGCCAAACCGACGACCGUUGCUAAACGCGGUCGCAAACCAAAGUUGUUGGACUUGUCUGUUGACAGCGAUACCAAAUCCCCGACACCCUUGUCAAAAUUGGACAACAAGCGUAGAGUAAUACGCGCUCUCAAAGACCUCACAUCUGCUAGAGACAAAAUCGAACGGAUAUAUGGCCUCAAUCCAGAGAAACUUUUGAAGCUUGCUAAAGUUAAAGAGGCCUUUGAAACGGGCCCCUUUGAUUUCGAUCUAGAUGCACUACAGGAAGGGUCCAAAUGCUAUGUGGACUUUCCUUCCCCUUGUUGUAGAGGAUAUGCUACGAAUUUGACCUCACUAAGGUCUGCGAGUUACCAUGUCAUAGAACUUUCUGAAUUCCAGGAGCUGUUCGCUCUUAGUGAAUGUGAAAUCCCUCUACUUAUAGGCGACCUGGAUACUCACAUAAAGACUGGUCAAAAAAUUGAAUUCCCAACUUUUUCAUGCGGCAAUCGCAAGGGCUUUGUUUAUAAUGUAGGUGGCCUGGUUACCGACAUGGCUUGGCUACCUCGUGAAGACACCGACUCUUUGUUUUUAGCGUUAUCAAUAUCAAGUAGGCUUGGUGCACCUGUUGAUUCUGAUCUUCGAUGCUGGGGUGAAGAAAGUCACGAAUCUUGCAUCGCCGUAUAUGAAGUAUGCCCUGACAGUCUAUCCUUUGAAAAAUAUUUGACUAUUGUUCACAAUUUUGGCGAGACUUGGGAUUUGAAGUGGCAUGCUGGAUUUAAAGAUGAGACAGCUCUAGGAAUGCUGGCCGCAUGUUGUCAAGAUGGCUCCGUUAGGUUCAUCAAAAUUGAUAAAGCUGCUUGCCACGAAUUUCGCAAGUAUGAUAGUUCUGACUUCAGGGUUGCAAUACCACAGACACCCAUUUCGUGCUUUGAUUUCACGUCUUCAGAUACCAUUGUUUGUGGAUUUCAAAAUGGCAAUGUUGCAGAAUUUCAGCUAGGCUCUGACAUGCCGUCUUAUUAUCAUAAAAUUCACGAUUCCUACAUCAUUUCCAUUGUUGCAGCUUACUCGGAUUGUGAGGACACCGUCAUCAGUACUACUUCGGUUGACGGGUUUAUUUCUGCUUUCAACCCGAAGAACAUUAGAACGACUAAGGCUUCUUUAGGUCGCGUACGGGGAGGCAACACCACAAUUGCUACCUACUGUCCUCCAGUGUAUGGCGUUGUCUAUUCUGAUGGUGUAAACUCUGUGAAAGCUUACACUCCUCGGGCCAUUUUUGCUCCUCAUCAGAUCUGUCAGCACGAGAACACCGUGAGCUCUCUAGGUGCGUCUAGACUUCAUCCGUUUCUGCUGUCAGGAUCUUCAGAUGGUACACUAAUGAUAAAUAACUUGGCAAGAAGGUUUUUGACAGGUAUCAAAAACAAUGUUGCUGUUUACAAAUAUCUCAAACUUUGGCAAUGGGAUUUUGGUACAGCCGAAAAGAAGUAUAGGUUGAAUCCAAACUACGCCGUUUUCAAAUUCAGCGUGAAUGAGGUCUCCAAGGCAAGAGUUAGUCCUCAAGGCGUCAACAUAACAUGUUGCAAGUGGAAUGAAACAAGGGCGGGCGGUAAGUUCUACUCAUUUGUGAAUAAUGCAGGUCUGCUUGUGAUAGAGGAGCUGGGUAGAGAACUAUAG